UUUGAUUUUAUAACAGUUACAUCAUUAGAGAACAUGAUUAUUUGUUAAAUUUAAUUGUGUAAUCCUCAUAGCUGAUAACAAUGAAGCUGAGCUGUUUUAUUUUCUAUCUUUUAAUGUAUUAUCAUUAAGAAGGAAUGAAUGAGUUUCGUAUACAGUCUCAUCAUUUUCACCUUACUUGAAUACACAACUAUUACAUAACAAAUAAAGAAUAAAAUAUGAUGGACAAGCAAUAACAUUAUGAUGGACAUUUGUUUAAUAAAUAACAUACUAAAUAAUGAAAUCAUAAAUCUAUCAGAAAAUGAAACAACAAUUGAAUUAUUAACUUCAAUCACAUACAAGGAAUCUGUAUUUGUGGUCAGCAACAUUUAACAAUCAGUUGAUAGAUCAGUAUAUAUAUUAGUAGUAUAGUAUAGAAAUGACUGAUUAUGACUCAGAUGAUAUUAAAAAACAGAUUUCUACACUAAUAAAAAACCAUUUAAACACAGAUAAUGAAAAUAAAGAGAUUGAACAAAGAAUUAAAGUAGAAGAAGAUGAAGAUGAAGAAAGAAAUAGUAGAGAAAAUGAAUUAAAAGAUAUGUGUGAAAAUGAAAUUCUCAAUCUACAAAAUCUACAAUGCCUAAAUUCUUCAGAAGAUGAAAUCAAUCCAUUGAAUCACAAUAACAAUAAUACUACUACUAAUAAUAAUAAUAAUAAUAGUGGUAGUAAUCAAUUUAUAAAAAAAAAUUAUAAUAAUGGUGAAACACCAUUAUUGCAACAUUAUAAAAGAAUAAAAAAUAAAACUGGAAAUUCAAAAAAUGAUAUAAUUAAAACGAAAACACCACCAUUAUUAUUAUCAUUAUCAUCAACACGAUUAACAUCAGUAAAAGAUAACAAUUCACCAACAUUAAUGACACAAAUUAAACGUCAAUUUCUACAAUUCUGUGAAACUACAUCACUACGAGGUGUUCCAAGAAUUGUCAGUACAAAAGAUUCAAAAAGACGUUUUUUAUGGUUAAUUUUUGUUAUUUCAUUUUUUAUAGGUUGUAUUAUUUGUUUAACAUUUAUUAUUAAUCAAUAUCUUGAAUUUGAUGUUAUUCAUCAACCGAAAAAAAUUUAUGAUCAACCACGUCCAUUUCCUUCAGUAACAUUAUGUAAUCUACGUCCUUUUUCUACACGUGAUAUACGAAAGUUGAAAAAAGCUGGUGUUCUACCAGUUGAUAUGUAUUUUGAAUUAUUAAAACGAUUUAUGAUCAGUGUACCUAUAGAAUAUCGUCGACAUUUAACUAUGCUAUGGGAUUUUUCUACAUAUUUAGCUAAUUUACCAGAAUUAGUUGAUGCUAAUCAUUUAGGUCAUACAUUAGAGGAUAUUGUAAAACGUUGUUUUAUAUUAUAUAAAACAGGUAGUGUUACAAGAGGUACAGCAUGUGAAAAAUCAGGUUAUUGGACUAAGACACAAGAUCGUGUCUUUCAUAAUUGUUAUACUUAUACAGUUAAUCCGAACAGAACUAAUACAGCAUUGAAUAUGGAACUUGUUGUCUAUUUAGACAAUUUAAUUGAACAAACUGAUUGUUUUGAUUGUCAAGAAAGGGUUAUGGCUAGUCAAUUAACUGGAGCAAGAUUGUUACUACAUCCAGGUGCAUCUUAUCCACGUGUUGCUGAAGAAGGAGUAAAUUUAAUGCCUGGAACAAUGACUGACAUUCGUUUUACAGUAUAUGAAUGGUCAAUGAUGGAACCACCUCAUGGUAGAUGCAGUAAAAAUACACCAAAAUUUAUAUCAUUCAAUAAUGUUAGUUAUACAUUCAGUGAAGAAGCAUGUCAUGCAUAUAUGGUACAAGAGAAAGUCGCCUCAAACUGUCAAUGUUUAACACAACACUUACCGAUACCAACACAUCUUCUUGGAAAAGAUUUAAGAAAGUGUCAAGCAUUUAAACUGCCUGCAACUUAUCAAAUGUUAGAUAAUUUCACCAAAUCUAAACAGUUAUACUUUAAUCAGGAAGUAGUAGCACAUUUUGCACAUUUUGCGGAAUGUGCAGAAAAAACUGGUACAGCUAUGGAUAGUUAUCAAGUUGGUUGUAGACCAGCGUGUGUUAGAUACACAUAUAAACCAAGUAUAACAGCUGCUCAAUGGCCGACAAAAACAUUUUUGACAUGGUUUGUUACAAAAUUUAUUAAAGAAAUGGAAUCAUAUGGACGUUCACAUUUAAAUUCAACAAACAAUGAAAGCUUAAAAGUUUUCAAUGAACGUAUGGAAGAAUUACGUAAACCUUUACAACCAUAUGAGAAAAUAGCUAAUUUAACUAAAGAAGGUGAUUUACAAGAGGCUAUAAAAAUGCUUAUGCAAACACAAAUAUUUGAACAAAAUUUUCUUUCUAUUAUAAUAUCACGACCAAAUUUUGAUUUAGAACGUGUUGAAGAAAAAGCAGUUGUCUCAUUAACAUCUUUAUUUAGUCAAAUUGGUGGUCUAUUAAGUAUAUGGAUUGGAUUAACAUUUGUAUGUAUUGUUGAAAUAGUAGAAUUAGGUUUAAAUGUAGCAGAUGCAGUAAUUCACUAUAAAAAGUCAAAGUCAUAAUAUAACUGAUUCAAUGGUUUCAAUAUACUUGAAGAUGUUAUAAUUCAGCAAAGAUUUAUGUACAAUAUCAUUAAUCCAAUGAAUACAUAUUAAUGUAAAGAGAUGAAUUAUGUUUUUUUCUCUUUUAGGAAGAUGAUUUGAAUAAAUAAACAUAAUUCUUUAAAAUCUGUUGCUGAAAACAAAAAAAAGAUAAACUUUUAUUAUUUUGAAUUAAAUUUUUCAAAAUCAUUGAUAAAUUAUUUUACUAAGAAUUAUGUCACUUUCAUGUUUUAUAAUAUGAGAAUGAUGAUGAUGAACUUGAGAAAUUUCAAUCAGAUCUGAUUUUCCCCUUGAUUUCCCUUUUGGUUUUUAUAUAUGCAUAUAAAACUACAGAGUAAUUAUAUAUAUAUAUAUAUAUAUAUAUAUAUAUAUAUAUAUAUAUAUAUAUAUAUAUAAUCAUACAUUACCUUUUCAAUUGUUG